UACAACACGUGUCGUGUGUUUACGUCGUAUGUCGUUAGAUAGCCUUGGCCGAUGUGCAGCCGUUGUACUAACAGAGUCGGCCGUUAUACGCAACUGGCUGGUGCCUGCGGUGCUCACAAAGUAUGCUAUUAAGAUGCUUUUUAUUUUAUGAUGUGUUUAUGGAAAUAUUAUCCGUUUUAUUCGCCGACAUGUGUUAAGGGAAUAUUUUCUGGUUCUACAGUAUGUAUCGUGCAAACGGAAUGUUAUGAAAGUGGAGGCAUGUGCAUCCUCUCCAGAUGCUGGCGUUGCGGCAGGCGGUACUCUGCAGGGGUCGGACGAUGGCCACUCUGACCCCCAGCGCGGCAGCGGUGGCAACGUCGGCGCUCCGUGCAGCCCACCCCGUCAGACUGCAGUCCACAGCCGCGGCAGCGGGCCCGGCCAGUAACCUGCUACUACGUCAGCUGUUCGAUGCCGACACCUUCACGUACACGUACCUGGUGGCGGACCGGCGCAGCGGCGAGGCGGCGCUCAUCGACCCCGUCAUCGACCAGGUGGACCGCGACCUGACCCUGCUGCGCGACCUGCGACUGAAGCUGAAGUAUGCCGUGAACACUCACAUGCACGCGGACCACGUGACCGGCUCGGGCCUGAUCAAGGCGGCGCUGCCGGACUGCCAGAGCGUCAUCUCGGCCGCCUCGGGUGCGCAGGCGGACGUGCUGCUGGCACCCGGCGACCGGCUGCGCGUGGGGGAGCUGGAGCUGGAGACGCGCGCCACGCCUGGUCACACCAACGGCUGCGUCACGUACGUGCUGCACGCGGCCGGCCUGGCGUUCACCGGCGACGCCGUGCUGAUCCGUGGCUGCGGACGCACAGACUUCCAGGAGGGCGACAGCGCCACGCUGUACGACUCGGUGCACAGCCAGGUGUUCAGCCUGCCUGAGCACUUCACCGUCUUGCCGGCGCACGACUAUCACGGCCUCACAAGCUCGUCCAUUGCUGAAGAGAAGCACUUGAACCCAAGACUGUCCCUGCCCAAGGCGGAGUUCGUUAAGUUUAUGGAGGGCCUCAAGCUUGACUACCCGAAGCGCAUCGACGAGGCGCUGCCGGCCAACCGCGCCUGCGGCCUGCAGGAGCUCUCUGAGGCACAUCGCGCCCUCUUCGAUCGGCUGAGCACGGCCUGAACGUCUGACGCCCGGCGUGCGGGCCCGGGGCUGCCGAAGGCGGACCGCCCGGACCCCGACCGAGUGAGGACGGGCUGGCCGGAGCGGACGGAGGCUGAGCUCAGCCCGAGCUGGCCGGAUCGGGCGGAGGCUGAACUCAGCCUGAGCGUCCACUGCCGCCCCAGCACGCCGUCGGGCCCCGUCUGGCAGGCUGAGACCGGCGGGCCGGUGCUAUUGGGUGGACCGAGCGCCCGCGGGCCCGGUCUGCGGGGUCUGAGCGUGGCCGGGCGGCCGGAGUACUGACCCUGACCUGAUCGCCGGCGGCCCGGGCGUGCGUCGCAGCUCGAGCUGA